AAUUCGUGGACUGUGUAUUUGAACUCGAAAAAGACGUCUCGCCCCCCACGCUCUGCCGCACGCGCAGCGAUCUCGAAGUCCGAUUUGCCACGCCUUCCCUCCCUGAACGUCGGCUCAGCUGACCUUCGGACGAGUUCAAGAUUAUCUUAGCACUCAGUCCGAUGCGAAAGCUUAUCAUAGACAAGUCCCUGAUCGAGCGCCACACUCCGCCCGCACACAGGCAGCUCCCUGCCGACACCAAGGUUGCGCACGUAGAUGCGUUUGAGGCUGAUUGGAGCAGCAGCAGCGAUACAGUCUUCAACUUCCUCCUCUUCCAGUGUUACGUUGACUUCACGUCGCUGCGUGUCUUGACCCUGCACGGCCCGCUGUGCGACGGGCCCGUAACGCUCCUGCUUCACGUCCCGCUUGCGCUCGAGGAGCUCAAGUACCACGCCACCGGCUCGAGCCCUUCCAUCGGCACUUGCACCAACCUCCGUAUAGUCACCCCUGUCGGCAAGCUCCUCAUCGAGCACGACGGCCCGUCCGAGUGGCUGGACAUCAUCCGCGACCUUCACGCCGUGCCGGCCCCCAAGGUGCGCGACGUCGGUAUCGUCCUGCGGGUCUACGAGGACCCCUACUGGGUGAGGCAAGGGCACGUCACGCCGGCAGACGUCCCCUUCGAGCACCUCCGCCGCUCGCUCGCGGACCAGGACUGGGCGCGGCUCGCCGCGUGCCUCCCGCGCUUCACCGCUCUGCAGACGUUUCGGCUCGAGAUGGGGCUACACUCGUUCUCUCGCUACGACGGCAGACUCUCCGACGACGUCCCGCGGUGCAUCCGUAUCAUGCGGGAAGUUGUAGCGGAAAGCCCGCCCCAGGUCAUAGUGGCGGUGACCAAAGUGGAUGCAUUCACUCGAUGACCCUUACUUACUUUAGUCGGUGUAUUGUAGUCCGUAAAAUCGGCACUCAUUACUUUAGCAGUGGGUGUCAAAAUCAUGUAACUUAAAAUAAAUGGAGCGGUUUAACAUGCGAAU